UUGGCUAACGGCUGAGAUUCUGGUGCUUCCAUUAACGCCAUUCGUCAUCGCACCCGUUUGAUGCCAGCCCUGGGGCGGAAAGUUCCCGUCGCAUUCAUGAGGCGGGUCUACCGCUCGGCCGUAUAUUUUGAUUGGACUUAUUUCUCGCUAAGGCCUUGCUAAAAGUCGUCUUCUCAUACUCGGUUGGUCCCCUAGCCGGAAGCCCCCUCUUUGGGACUGAAGCCGUCGCCUUGCCCUCACCGCUCUCUGCCUAUUUUAUUCUCACCGAGAGAAGUGUGAGUGCGGCUUCACUGGAGCGGUGCAAUGAUAAAAGCCGCAUAUGCGGUAGGCAACACACCUAUCAGGCAGGAAAAUACCGGAGAAACAGCCUCACCCCGGUUCUUCUCGCACCACAGCCUUAUCCACUACUUGGAGCGGAACCUGAAGUGCCAGUAGAAACAUGACCAGGCCAACAGGGGGCGGCGCCAACGAUGUCACCCGCUUCCUGUCAUCAGGAGUGGGGCCCGGAUCUCCCACUUCCAACUCUAUGUUUUCUGCAGCCAGUCAGGCCGACUGGGCAGCUAAGAGGCUGGUGUGGGUGCCGUCAGAGAAGCUUGGCUUUGAGUCGGCCAGUAUUCGGGAGGAGCGUGGCGAUGAGGUGGAGGUUGAGCUGACAGACAGCCAGCGACGGGUCACUCUGUCCAGGGAGGAGGUUCAGCGGAUGAACCCACCGCGCUUCAGUAAAGUGGAGGACAUGGCUGACCUCACCUGCCUCAAUGAAGCCUCAGUGCUGCACAACCUGAGAGAGAGAUACUACUCUGGCUUGAUCUACACAUAUUCAGGGCUGUUCUGUGUGGUGGUGAACCCUUACAAGAACCUGCCCAUCUAUACAGAAUCCAUUGUGGAGAUGUACCGGGGCAAGAAACGCCAUGAGAUGCCCCCUCACAUUUAUGCCAUAUCAGAGGCUGCCUAUCGCAGCAUGCUACAAGACAGAGAAGAUCAGUCAAUUCUCUGCACAGGCGAGUCUGGAGCUGGGAAAACAGAGAACACAAAGAAAGUUAUCCAGUAUUUGGCUCACGUUGCCUCCUCCCAUAAGGGUGGCACUCUGGGUAGGAACAAGGAAGCUGUGCAGAUGGAUGGCUCAAGGUCCUUAACAAGAGGCAGUACUUUGGUGAACAGGGGUAUGCAAUAUGGCGAGCUGGAGAGACAGCUGCUGCAGGCAAACCCCAUACUGGAGGCCUUCGGCAACGCAAAGACUGUCAAGAAUGACAACUCUUCCAGAUUUGGUAAAUUUAUCCGCAUUAAUUUUGACGUGGCGGGGUACAUAGUUGGUGCUAACAUCGAGACCUACCUCCUUGAAAAGUCCCGGGCCACCCGUCAAGCCAAAGAUGAGAGGACAUUCCACAUCUUUUAUCAAAUGCUGUGUGGGACUUCAGAGGAGACAAAAGCGGACUUGCUCUUAGGAUCUGCUGAUGAGUACCGCUUUCUCACUGGAGGAUCCAUCCCCCUUCCUGGUCAGAGCGAUUCAGAAAACUUCACUCAGACCAUGGACUCGAUGGCUAUAAUGGGCUUCACCUCAGAGGAGUCAAUGUCUAUGCUUAAGGUGAUCUCUGCUGUGCUCCAGUUUGGGAAUAUUUCCUUCAUGAAGGAGAAGAACCAGGACCAGGCCUCGAUGCCUGAUAACACAGCUGCUCAGAAACUGUGCCAUCUGCUGGGCAUUAAUGUGCUGGAGUUCACCCGAGCCAUCCUCACCCCCAGGAUCAAAGUAGGUCGAGAGUAUGUGCAGAAGGCCCAGACGAAAGAACAGGCUGACUUUGCUGUGGAGGCGUUGGCAAAGGCCACAUAUGAGCGCCUGUUCAGGUGGCUGGUUCACAGGAUCAACAGAGCUCUGGACCGCAGACAGAGACAGGGAGCCUCUUUCAUAGGCAUCCUUGAUAUUGCUGGAUUUGAGAUCUUUCAGCUAAACUCCUUUGAGCAGCUGUGCAUCAACUACACCAACGAGAAGCUGCAGCAGCUCUUCAACCACACCAUGUUCAUCUUGGAGCAGGAGGAGUACCAGCGUGAAGGCAUCGAGUGGAACUUCAUCGACUUUGGCCUGGACUUACAGCCCUGCAUUGACCUCAUUGAGAAACCAACCCACCCUCCUGGUGUUCUGGCCCUGCUGGAUGAAGAAUGCUGGUUCCCCCGGGCAACAGACCGCUCAUUUGUGGAGAAGCUUUCUGCAGAACAAGGCAGCCAUCCAAAAUUCUUCCGAUCGAAGCAGCCACGUGGAGAAGCUGACUUCUCCAUCAUUCACUAUGCUGGCAAGGUGAACUACAAGGCAGAUGAUUGGCUGGUGAAGAACAUGGAUCCUCUGAACGACAACGUGGCAUCUCUUCUCCACCAGUCGUCUGAUCAUUUUGUGUCAGAGCUCUGGAAAGAAGAUAUUCAAACUCUUCCUCGUGUCUACUUCUUUGACUCCUAUGCCACACUGCAGGCUAAUGGCUCGGACAUGGACAGGAUUGUGGGUCUGGACCAGGUGUCGUCAGGAGAAAACAGUGGGCCGGUCACUUUUGGAGCAGCAGGACUAAAGACGAAGAAGGGAAUGUUCAGGACUGUCGGUCAGCUUUACAAGGAGUCUCUCACCAAACUGAUGGCCACGCUGAGGAACACCAACCCCAACUUCCUCCGCUGCAUCAUCCCCAACCACGAGAAGAGGGCCGGUAAACUGUCCCCCCACCUGGUUUUGGACCAGCUGAGGUGUAAUGGAGUUCUAGAGGGGAUCCGAAUCUGCAGACAAGGCUUCCCUAACCGCAUCCCUUUCCAGGAGUUCAGACAGAGAUAUGAGAUCCUGACUCCUAAUGCUAUCCCUCGUGCCUUCAUGGAUGGCAAACAGGCAUCAGAACUCAUGAUCAAAGCUCUGGAACUGGAUCACAACCUGUUCAGGGUGGGUCAGAGUAAAGUCUUCUUCAGAGCAGGAGUCUUGGCUCACCUGGAAGAAGAAAGAGACCUGAAGAUCACAGACACCAUCAUACGCUUCCAGAGCGUCUCCAGAGGCUACCUCGCACGCAAAGCCUUUUUGAAGAAGCAGCAGCAACUGAGCGCUCUGAGGGUGAUGCAGAGGAACUGUGCUGCUUACCUCAAACUCAGGAACUGGCAGUGGUGGAGGCUGUUCACCAAGGUGAAGCCUCUGCUGCAGGUGACCCGGCAAGAUGAUGAGAUCCAGGCGAGGGAAGCCCAGCUCCAGAAGGCCAAGGACAAUCUCACCCGAGUGGAACAGCAGUACACAGACCUGGACAGGAAACAUGCGCAGCUGUUGGAGGAGAAGGCAGUGCUAGCUGACCAACUGCAGGCGGAGGCAGAGCUGUUUGCAGAGGCAGAGGAGAUGAGGGCCCGGUUGGCCAAUCGGAAACAAGAGCUGGAGGAAGUGCUGGGCGAGCUGGAGAGUCGACUGGAGGACGAGGAGGAGAGAGGCGUGCAGCUGACCAGUGAGAAGAAGAAGAUGCAGCAGAAUAUACAGGAUCUGGAGGAGCAGUUAGAGGAGGAGGAAAGUGCCCGACAGCGCCUCCUGCUGGAGAAAGUCACUCUGGAGACAAAAGUUAAGAGUCUGGAAACAGACCUGCUGAAUGCAGUAGAGCAGAGAGAUCGACUCAGCAAGGAGAAGAAGCAGCUUGAGGAGCGUUUGAGUGAGGUGACUGAUCAGCUCACUGAGGAAGAGGAGAAAACCAAAAGUCUAAACAAGCUCAAGAACAAACAGGAGGCUGUCAUUGCUGACCUAGAGGAGCGCCUCAAGCGUGAGGAGCAGGGUCGCUUGGAGCAGGAGAAGUGGAGGAGGAGGAUGGAGAGUGACUCAGUUGAGGCCCAGGAGCAGCUGUCAGACUUAGGCAUGCUGGCUGCUGAGCUGAGGGGCAGUCUAGCUCAGAAGGAGAAGGAAAUCACCACUCUGCAGGGCCGGUUGGAAGAAGAAGGAGCACGGCGCGCUGAAGCACAGAGGGCUCUGAGGGAGGCCAUGUCCCAGGUGUCUGAGCUGAAGGAGGAAGUGGAGAAUGAACGAGGGAUGAGGGAAAGGGCAGAGAAACAGAGGCGAGACCUGGGUGAGGAGCUGGAGGCAUUGAGAACCGAACUGGAGGACACUCUGGACACCACAGCAGCCCAGCAGGAACUGAGGUCUCGUCGAGAGGCGGAGUUACAUGAGCUCCAGCGGUGUGUUGAGGAGGAGACUCGGCGCCACGAGGCCCAGCUGUCAGAGCUCCGAGUCAAACACAGCACUGCCAUAGACAGCCUCCAGGAACAGCUGGACAAUAGCAAGAGAGCACGCCAGUCACUGGAGAAGGCCAAGACGGUGCUGGAGGAAGAGAGGCAGAAUUUGAUAUCUGAGCUCAAGAGCCUCCAAACGGGACGCACAGAGAGCGAGCGAGGCCGCAAGAGGGCCGAGGGCCAGUUGCAGGAGCUCAGCGCUCGAUUGGCUCAGGCUGACAGAGAGAGGGAGGAGCGGGAAGAGAGAGUGCACAAACUACAGUGUGAGAUAGAGACUAUCUCCAACAGUUUGUCCUCCUCUGAAACCAAAUCCCUUCGGCUCACCAAGGAGGUUAGCAGCCUGGAGAGCCAACUGAAUGAUGCAAAGGAAUUGCUUCAAGAUGAAACUCGUCAAAAGAUGGCUCUUGGCUCAAGGGUGCGAGCGCUGGAGGAGGAGAAGAAUGGACUCAUGGAAAGACUUGAGGAGGAAGAAGAGAGAGCCAAAGAGUUAACCCGGCAGAUCCAGACCCAUACCCAGCAGCUGGCAGAGGUCCGUAAGCAGUCAGAGGAGGUGAACACUGCGGUAGAAUCCGGAGAGGAGAUGCGCAGAAAACUCCAGAGAGAGCUCGACAGCGCCAUCCAGAGGGAGCGACAGAGGGAGGAGGAGAAGGAGAGAGUAGAGAGGCAGAGGGAGCGACUGAGGGAGGAAAUAGAGGACAUGACGUUGGCCCUGCAGAGGGAGAGACAGAACUGCACGGCGCUGGAGAAGAGGCAGAAGAAGUUCGACCAGUGUCUGGCAGAGGAGAAGGCGGUGAGCGCUCGGCUGGCAGAGGAAAGGGACAGAGCAGAAGCAGACAGUCGAGAGAAGGAGACCAGACACCUGGCACUUUCCCGAGCCCUGCAGGAGGCCCAGGAUCAGAAGGAAGAGCUAGAGAGGGUCAACAAACAGCUCCGUCUGGAAAUGGAACAGCUUGUAAACCAGCAAGACGAUGUCGGCAAGAAUGUCCACGAGCUGGAGCGGACCCGCAGGGCCUUGGAAACAGAAGCCCAGAACCUGCGAGUUCAGACUCAGGAGCUGGAGGAGGAGCUUUCAGAAGCAGAGAACUCAAGGCUGAGGCUGGAGGUCACCCUGCAAGCGCUUAAGGCUCAGUUUGAGAGGGAGAUAAGCACCAGUGAGGAGAAGGGAGAGGAGAAGAGGAGGGCGCUAAGCAAACAGGUGAGGGAGUUGGAGAUUCAGCUGGAGGAGGAGAGAAGUCAGCGGUCUCAGGCCGUUUCAUCCAAGAAGCAGCUAGAAGCAGAACUGCAGGAAACUGAGGCCCAGUUGGAGACAUCCAGCCGUGGAAAAGAGGAAGCUGUGAAGCAGCUACGGAGGCUGCAGGGUCAGAUGAAGGAAAUUCUGCGUGAGUUUGAUGAGUCCAAGUUGGCUCGAGAUGAGAUCAUCACACAGUUGAAAGACAGCGAAAAGAAGAUCCAAACCCUAGAAGCGGAAGUCCUGCAGUUGACUGAGGAACUUUCGGUAUCAGAGAGGCAGAGGAGACAAGCUCAGCAGGAGAGGGACGAGAUGGCCGAUGAGAUGGUCAACAGCAGUUCUGGAAAGACGGCACUGUGUGAAGAGAAGAGGAGGUUAGAGGCACGAGUCAGUCAGCUGGAGGAGGAGCUGGAGGAGGAGCAGAGUAACUCUGAGCUGCUAGCAGAGAGACAAAGGAAGACCGCUCUGCAGGUGGAGACUCUGACGGUGCAGCUGCAGGGAGAGAGGACUCUGGCCCAGAAGGCGGAGGCGGCUCGGGAGCAGCUGGAGAGGCAGAACAAGGAGCUGAAGGCCCGACUGGGAGAGAUGGAGGGAGCAGUGAGGGGCAAACACAGACUCAGCGUCGCCGCCCUGGAGGCCAAGAUAGAGUCGAUGGAGGAGCAGCUGGAGCAGGAGAGACAGGAACGAGCUAUUGCCAACAAACUGGUGCGGAAGACAGAGAAGAAACUGAAGGAGGUGAUGAUGCAGGCAGAGGACGAGAGACGACAUGCAGACCAGUACAGAGAACAGCUGGAUAAGUCAAUGGUCCGUCUGAAGCAGCUGAAGAGGCAGCUGGAGGAGGUGGAAGAGGAGAACUCUCGCUCCAACGCCCAGAGGAGGAAGCUGCAGAGGGAGCUGGAGGAGCUCACCGACAGCGGGCAGAGCAUGACGCGAGAGAUCACCUCUCUCCGCAGCCAGCUCAGCAUCCCUGAAUGGCGUGCUCCGUUGCCCCUGUCGAUGCGUGGACGCAGAGCGCUGGUAGACGACCUCUCGCUGGAGAACUCCGACUCGGAGGAGCCUCCUGCCUCGCCGACGCCCUCCUCUGGACUCCCAGGGACCCCAACUCCCUCCUCUGACCACAGCCUUGACCCUCCGCCUCCCUACACCGUCAACAACACAGAGUGAUGCAGUCACAGAUUCACAUAAUGUACACACACACACACACACACACACAUCUGCCUCUCAGGGGUGAAGGAAUGGCAUGCACACAGUACAUUAUACGACAGUUUAUAAGUAAGUAAGUAAGUAAGUAAACUGAUUGAAGAUGCAAACAUCAGGCGCUAUAACUUUCAAACAACCUCACUGAUAAAAUUAGAUUUUACAAAGAGGCAACUCAAACUGAUUUUUAUUUUGUAACAAAUGUGACAUAAAGAAACAACAAAACAGAGACUGGAAAUUUCUACAUGACAUCUUGUAAUUCACUUCUGAGAAACUAAAGUACAUCUACCAGACUUCCAAGGGGAAAGUGAAUUAUUAUCAGCUAAUUUCUUGAUGCUGUACAGUGAUUAGGAGGCGGAAAACAUGAUGGUAGCUAUGUCUUUUACAUUAGGAGGUAUUUUAAAACUAAGCCAUGUUCAACCCUUUGAUGAGGAAUUCCCUUUGAAUCUGAUUUCACAAAGGGCUACUUGAGCACGAAAAUACUUCUGCAAGGUGUUAAGACAAUCUAUAUACAUGUAACACAGUCGCUAACAAGAGACAUCAAGUGCACACACGGGGCAGAGAAGUCAUCUUCUUUAUGAGUGUGUGUUAUGAGCAAAUAUGAUUUCUGACAUCUUCAGUGUGUCAGUUUUUUUAAAAAAAACACAAAUGAGGACAUUGGAAUUAUCAAGCAGAGAGAAAAAUUAAAAAGUGGAGGACAUUUUACAUGAGUUAGCAAAAGAGAGAUGACAAUUAGUAUCCAGUACCUAAAUAAUUAAAUGUUUAUUGGAAAUGAUCAGAAAAUGGGAAGCAUUAGUUUCAUCUCAAUUUGUCAAAACUGUAGAGACAAACAGCCGUGAAAAGCAGCCAAUAUGCAGUACAGCUGCUUCAAAGUUGUUCUAAGUGAUAAAUCCUUUUUCUGUAGGUUAGAAACGGUAUGUUGUUAGACAGAUCAGUAGGUAUUAGAUAGUUUCUUUAACUAAUAUUUGAACAUAUUGCUUCAGAAAUUUGAAUUUGUAUAAUUUAUAUCCGAUGUGAACUUAAGUUAUUUUCUGUACGUGGGGGGAGGGGGCAUGUUAGUCUGAUUCUUUGGCCUCCUGCUGGCCCUGAUGAUUCAUACUUUUCAGUUUCGGUCAGCGUCACAGCAUCAGGUCUCAUGGAGGUCUUUUCUGAGGGUUAACUGGUUUGAUUCAGAGUGUCUACCAUGUCAGCGUAACUAGAAACAACAUGUUGAGAACUGUAUUAACUGAUCGGUUUUUUUUUCCUCCCAAGCAGAACGAAUUGUGACUCAUAAACUCCUCACAUUUUAUUUUGACAGGCACUUUGUACAUUGUAAUUUUGAUUUUUUACUGAGUAAUUGUAAAUUAUUGAUCAAAGCUCUUUUUGUGUGUUUAACCAAAUGGUGGGCGUAUGGAUGAGAAAAAGGGACUUAAAACUGUAGUUAGUGUAGAGUAGCUGUAGAGUAGAGUAGAUGACAGGGGUAGUGGCUGGUUAGGUAUUCUGCUGGAGCUUUUCUUAGCAGAAUAAACUCUCUGCUCACAGUUCCUCUGCAGAAGAUUGUAGAAUAACUGAGCACGAGACUCAGAGCAUUUUCAGAUACUAGUAGUAUUAGAUUUAAAAAAAAAAAUGACAGCGGAGGAACUGAGGAAUGAAUUUUUAUGAUGCAAAUGGCAAGUAGAACAAAAAGUAGGGGUGUUUUUUUUGUACCCUGGCUACCAACUCAAAAUGACAGUCAUGUGUUUGGUAUCAGCCAGACACAAGCAGCUUGAUGACCCUGUUGUGUCAAACCUGGUUUUAGAGAUGAUUUUUUUUUUUUUUUAAUUUUAUGUAAAACGUCUCCAUUUUUCUCUGCAGGUUUUUGUUUCUGGUUAGUUUAACCUUCUUCAGCACCUGUUUGCCUGUCAUAGCUUUAAGUCUGGCCAGGAAGUUAAUGUGAUGUCUGUAGUUUUUGACAUACACACAAAUAGCAGUCUUUUAAAGGAGUAGUUUAACAGUUUGGGGAAUACGCAUAUUUUAGUUAGAUUUAGUUAGUUGAGACGAUAAGUAUUAAUGUCUGUACGGGAGAAAUGAAGCUACAGCUAGCAGCUGCUUAGCUUAGCAUGAGGACUGGAAACAGUGAGCCAACCAGCCUGGCUCUGUGCAAAGGUAACAAAAUACCAGCACAUCUGAACCAAAACAAAUUGCAUCUAUGUUUUUGAGGGGCCGGACUAUUUCUUGACAGGCGCAGUAAGCGGAGACUCCUGGGAGGCACUGCAGCCGACGAAGAAGUAGCCUGGCAAAUAAUUCAGCAUAAAAUUGCAAAAUGUCUUUUUUGCAAGUUUUUUUUAUGCAGAUUAAACAAACAAGAUUAAAUGUGAGAACUGCUGAGCUUCAGUGGGUUAGUUUUGUUAGCUCAAGUCAUCCGACUGUAGCUUCAUGUUUAUUUUACCGACACGAAAAUGGUAACAAUUCUCAUUUAACUGAACAGCAAGAAAGCAAAUAAGUGUAUUUCCAGAAAUGUAGAGCUAUUCCUUUAAAUUAUAAAGAAUGUCACUGGAGCUUUAGCUUUCAAUUGGAACUAAAGAAGGAUAAAUAUUGUGUAACUGAAAUCACAAAUGUUUUUUCUGAUUCUCUGAAUGUUUUCUUUUUAUUCUGGUUAUAUAUAUCUUAUAUGACUAAAGAUUAAUGGUCAUGUUUAUAUUUAAUUACUGUUCCCUCUCUUGCUUUAAUUUUAAAAUAAAAGGUGUAUAUUUUAACAAAACAGUAAUUCAAAGGUAAUAUCUGCAUUGACGAAACAAGAACAAUGAGUGUGUACAAACAUCCCAUGUGUAUCCAUAUUUUCAUAAAUUUUAGGGUUUUGUUUUGUUUUUUUUUUGUUUUUUUGUCAUGCCAGGUUCACCGCGAUUCACACUAAGUGGCAGGUGAAGAAAGAUCAAAGCAGUUGGGUCAAGACAGAGUUUGACUACUGACAACACAUAUGUAACACCCUGUUAACGGGUUUUGUUUUUUACUUUCUGUACGUACAAUGUUUUGAUUUUAGCAAUAUGCAAAGGAUUUUGUCUGACACUUUGUUUUUGUUUUGUUUUUUAAAAGGUAUCGUGUAAAUGCUGCACUUUACACACGACCAGUGCAGAUGAACCCAGCUGAACACUGCUGGCGCAUUGUGUCUGCUUUGUGGGGUCUUAAAGAGGCUGACAUAGCAUUAAGCCAAAUGAGCUGACGCCACGUGUCAUCACAAUACAAUCUGUCGCUCACUUAAAUGUUGUAGUCUCAGAAUGUCAUAUCAGCGUCUAAACAUGGCGACUUCGUUCACGCCUUGAUAGACCAAAAUCUGAAGACGCGUGGACUGAACUGCUGGAACGAGAACAGAAAACAUCUGUUCAUCUGUAGCAAGAGACGAGGCCGAUGCUUCUCUGAGGUGUUAUUUUUCUCUCUGUAUUUGUUUAUGGCUACUGUGGAACUUGAAACGUUUUGAAAAAAUGUGUUUUAUUGUUUUAGCCUUUUUUUGUUAAUGAUGCUGUAAUUAUAAAACAUCUGACUGGGGUUAACUUUAAUAUAUGUCGUUGGUAUUGA